AGGAUGUUUCCAAGGGGAUGGAGGCCUACUCCGCUGGUCCGACCAAAGCAGCAAAUGCCCGCACGGCGGAUUUAGACCUCCCCGUCCCCCCUCCCCCUUUCCCUCCCUCUCCCUCUCCCUCUCCCAGCACCAAUAAAAAGCCCUCCUUUUCCCCUCUCCGCGUUCUCUCCCCCAUGGCCUCCUCCCACUCCGCCGACGAGGAGGAGAGCUCCCUCCUCCCUUCCCGCUCCACCGAUCCCGAUCCCCACGAAGAGGAGGAAGACGACGUUGAGGAGCGCGCCUACGACGCUCGCGAGAAGAUUGUCGUCCGGAUCUCCGGCUCCGGCGACGACGACGCCGGCGGCGUCCCGCCCUUCUCCUGGCGGAAGCUCUGGCUCUUCACCGGCCCCGGCUUCUUGAUGAGCAUUGCCUUCCUGGACCCAGGGAAUCUGGAAGGGGACCUCCAGGCCGGCGCCAUUGCCGGGUACUCGCUGCUGUGGUUGCUGUUCUGGGCCACGGCCAUGGGGCUUCUGAUCCAGUUGCUGUCGACCAGGCUCGGGGUUGCGACGGGCAAGCACCUCGCGGAGCUUUGCCGGGAGGAGUAUCCUGAUUGGGCAAGGUUGGCGCUCUGGUUCAUGGCGGAGGUGGCGAUGAUUGGGGCCGAUAUACAGGAGGUUAUCGGGAGCGCUAUUGCUAUCAAGAUUCUGAGCCACGGGGUGCUGCCGCUUUGGGCUGGGGUCGUUAUCACCGCCAUGGAUUGCUUUAUUUUUCUGUUCCUUGAGAACUAUGGUGUGAGGAAGCUAGAAGCUGUUUUUGCAUUUCUCAUUGCAACGGUGGCCUUUUCCUUUGCUUGGAUGUUUGGUGAAACCAAGCCCAGUGGGAAGGAGCUUCUGAUUGGUGUAUUGGUUCCAAAACUAAGCUCGAAUACUAUAAGGCAGGCUGUUGGGGUUGUGGGCUGUGUCAUUAUGCCCCACAAUGUAUUUCUGCAUUCUGCUCUCGUACAGUCGAGAAAGAUUGACCCUAACAAAGAAAACCGUGUUCGAGAAGCACUAAACUAUUAUUCCAUAGAGUCUACUGUGGCCCUGAUCAUCUCCUUCGCAAUAAAUUUGUUUGUUACAACAGUUUUCGCUAAAGGAUUUUAUGGUACUAAAGAAGCUAACAGUAUAGGUCUUGAGAAUGCUGGGCAGUUUCUACAAGAGAAGUUUGGGGGAGGGCGAUUUCCUAUUCUUUACAUCUGGGGAGUCGGGUUAUUGGCAGCUGGGCAGAGCAGUACGAUAACAGGCACCUAUGCUGGACAAUUUAUCAUGGGUGGAUUUCUGAAUCUUCGCUUGAAGAAAUGGGUCAGGGCAUUGAUUACUAGAAGCUUUGCAAUUGUGCCAACUAUAAUUGUUGCUUUAUUUUUUGACACGUCUGAUUCUGCAUUGGAUAUUUUAAAUGAGUGGCUCAAUGUGCUGCAAUCUGUUCAGAUCCCUUUUGCACUUAUCCCACUUCUCACAUUGGCAUCAAGGGAGAAAGUUAUGGGAAUUUUUAGAAUUGGCCCUACUAUUCAAAUGGUAACCUGGACCGUCGCUGCUUUGCUAAUAAUAAUCAACGGCUACCUCUUGCUGGAAUUCUUCUCUUCUGAAAUACAUGGCACAUUGCUUGGCUCUAUUGUGUGCAUUGCCAUAGCUGUAUAUGCAGCAUUUAUAGUUUAUCUCAUCUUAAAUGGUGGUGAAUUAUCCACUCGGCUGGCAUCAGCAAUCCGCAAGAGAUUCUCCUGAGGAUUGGACUCAAAAGAGAUUUUGUUCUACCAUGUCUGGAAGACAAAAUAAGUUUGCAAUCCCAUAUUUGAGAGAUUGGAGACAUGUUGUACAGUGAAGCUGCGGGAGUUCCAAGGGCUAUAUUGUUCUAUUGAUCUUUCCAUCAUGCAAAUCAGUCAACUAAUCAGCGACAUCAUUGUUGUGUUUACAAUAGGUUUACUGUACUCUGCCACUGUGCUGAAGAGGCCAGUGGUGCUGUAAUAGAUGGCAUGUCAAUUUCACACGAUCAGUUAUUCCGGGCUAUUUGCAGAAGCCUCCUUGGGAUGGUUAUCUCUAGCAAAUUUUCUCCCUGUUACAGAACAGGAGAUGGCGAGUAAUUCCUUCACAGGUGAAUUUAUUGUUAGGUUGAAGAAUUGGUACGUGCACUGGAAGACGAAACAAUUUCAGUAGUAGAAAUAAGCAGACUGAAUCUUGUGACCGAGCAAUGGUUUUGUCCAAACCUCAAAAGCAGAUCGAAGGAUUAACUCAAUCUCUCAAAUGCAUCUCCUUUUUUCCUCUCUUUUUUCCCCACUGUUGGUCUCUGAUGACUUUUUCCAAGUAGAGAUUCCUUAGUUGUUUGAAUUAAGCCGGGCUUGCUUGUGACAGUAGCGUCUAUUACUCAAUAUGUUGCAGGCUUGAAUGAUGCCAUUAGCUUGUUAUUGAGAAGGAUUACAUAAG